UAACGGGGGGAAGCAGGCCCGGCUCUCCGCCGCUGUCAUCGCGCUCGCCGCUCCUCCGCUGCUCCGCUCCGCUCCGCUCCGCUCCGCUGUGUCUCCGCCGGGAAGCAGGAAGGUCCAGGGACGUUCAAACCUCCUGAAAGCUCCAAGGAUGUCUCGGGGUACGGAGGCGGUCGCUCGGGCCAGGAAGGCCUUCGAAACGGGUCGCUCCAAAUGUCUGGAGCACCGAAUCCGCCAGCUGAAGAACAUGCAGAGGCUGUUCUCUGAGAGGCAGACGGAGAUCGCAGAGGCCAUGAAGAAAGACCUGAACAAGAGCGACGUGGGCACGCAGCUGUACGAGAUCCUGGGCCUGGAGGGCGAGCUCAACACGGCCAUCAGCAAGCUGAAGGAGUGGGCGGCGCCGCGGCCCGUGGAGAAGAACCUGCUCACCCUGUCCGACACCGUCUACGUCCACCCGGAGCCGCUGGGGGUGGUGCUGAUCAUCGGCGCCUGGAACUACCCCUGGGCCGUCACCAUCCAGCCGCUCAUCGGAGCCAUCGCCGCCGGUAAUGCAGCCGUGAUCAAACCCUCCGAGGUGUGCGUCCACACCGCCAAGGUGAUGGAGGAGCUGCUGCCGCUUUACAUCGACAAGGAGCUGUACCCCGUGGUGACGGGCGGCGUGCCGGAGACGCAGGAGCUGCUGCGGCAGCGGUUCGACCACAUCUUCUACACCGGCAGCAGCCCCGUGGGCAAGGUCAUCAUGGAGGCGGCGGCCAAAAACCUGACGCCCGUCACCCUGGAGCUGGGCGGCAAGAGUCCCUGCUACAUCGACAAGAGCUGCGACAUUACCGUCGCCUGCAGGCGUAUCACCUGGGGGAAAUACACCAACUGCGGCCAGACGUGCAUCGCCCCAGACUACAUCCUGUGUGAGCCCAGCAUCCAGGACCGGGUCAUCGCAGAGGUCAAGAAGGCCGUGAAGGAGUUUUACACGGAAAACCCAAAGACCUGCUCCGACUACGGCCGCAUCAUCAACCAGCGCCACUUCAAGAGGAUCCUGGCGCUGAUGGAGGGCAGCAGCGUGGCGGCGGGCGGAGACCACGACGAGUCCGACUGCUACAUCGCUCCCACAAUCCUGCGGGACGUGAAGCCCGACGCCAAGGUGAUGCAGGAGGAGAUCUUCGGCCCGCUGCUCCCCAUCAUCUCCAUCAGCGACGUGGACGAGGCCAUCAAGUUCAUCAACCAGAGAGAGAAACCGCUGGCGCUCUACGUCUUCUCACAGGACGACAAGCUGAUAAAGAAGAUGAGGGACGAGACGUCCAGCGGAGGCCUGCUGGCCAACGACUGCCUGGUGCACUACUCCGUCAACUCGCUGCCGUUCGGAGGAGUGGGAAACAGCGGAAUGGGCUGCUACCACGGCAAGUUCACCUUCGACCAGCUGAGCCACCACCGCAGCUGCCUGAUCAAGCAGCUGAAGAUGGAGGGCGUGAACAGCAUGCGCUACCCGCCGCACACGCUCAAGAAGCUGGGCUGGGCGCGCUUCUUCAUCCUGAAGAACGUGGACCUGGGCUGGCUGGGCCGCAUGGCGCUGCUGGCCGUGCUGGCCGUGGUGGCGGCCGUGGCGCUGCAGAGGUUCUGGGCGUGAAGACGUCCGGCCGAUCGGCGACUCACCAAUCAGAUCAGCCUCCGCAGUAAUCACACUUUAAUAAUCACAGCCUCAGAUGUUGCCUUAAAUCCUUUUCAAUCCCUUGUUUGAGAAAAAUUCCAUCUCAUGAAGGUGAUUAUUAACCCACAGCUGAAGCUCUUGAGUCCUUUUCCAUUUCACUUGAUCCAUUAAUGAGAAACUCACGUUCAAAAGCUUUUUAUCUCGUGCAGAACAAGUGUUUUUAUCAUGAAGUAGCAGGAGAUAUAACGCCGUGAGUGUAUUUCCCUGUCUUGUAGCAUUUCAGCAGCAGAGAAUGUUGCCGUUAGAGGAGGGACAGGUGGAGGUAGCCUCCUGUCUGAGUGUCUGCGUCAUUUCAACUCUAGACUUCAACUUGAAGUUCAUCCCGAAGGUUUUGGAUCAUUUCUGCACAAACAUUUCCUUUUUUUUUUUUUUUUUUUUGACACGCUCUGUGUCUUUUCUGACAUUUCAGUGUGUUUUGGUCCAAGUCUUGAAGUUCAGACUCAAACUGCAUCAUAUGAAGAAAAUUUAUCAAAAAAACGUUUAAACCGUUUUGUUGAAUAAGUUCCAACAAGUUGAGAUUUAACUUGUUUUUCUUUUUUUUUUUUUGUUUUAAAUCAAGCUGUUAACUCUUAAAGGGUCUGUAAUUAUCAGCUGAAUU